GUGUACUACUGUCGAUCAUUAGCCAUUGCUUUUAUUGAGCAAACAGUCUUACAAAGAUAUCAUGACUACACUCAUGAUCCCAGCGUACCAUCUACUCUACAGCCAGUGCUUAAGAAACUCAGUGCUCUCUAUGGACUCUGGUCUUUAAGUAAACAUCUGGCUGUGCUCUACCAAGGUGGCUAUGCUUCAGGUGAGCAAGCUGGUAAAUUUAUUCAGAAUGCUAUUCUGGAGCUCUGCUACAGGCUGAAGGAUGAUGCAGUUGCCCUGGUUGAUGUCUUUGCUCCUUCUGAUUUCAUUCUCAACUCUCCCAUUGGUAAAGCUAGUGGAGAGCUAUAUAAAAAUAUGUGGGCAGAGAUCCUUCAAGGCAGCAAAACUCUGAACAGACCUUCAUGGUGGGCAGAAUUAUGUAUUAAUAAACCUGUUAUAGGCAGGCUCAGGUCAAGAUUGUAA